AUGCAGUGGUUAGCACUGUCGCCUCACACCAAGAAGGUCUCUGGUUCGAUUCCCUGCCAGCCAGCCGGCCCGGCUCCUUCCUAUGUGGAGCUUGCAUGUUCUCCUGUGUCUGCUGGGUUUCUGCCAGGAGCUCCAGUUUCCUCCUGCAGGUCAGGAGAACUGGAGAUGCUAAACUGUCUGUCUGUCUGCCCUGUGAUGGACCAGCGACCUGUCCAGGUGUCCCCCUGCCUUCCGCCUGGUGAGCGCUGGGACAGACUCCAGCAUCCCCCACGGCCCUUACAUUUGGACAGAGGAGACGUCUCCAUGGCUCCAGAGCACACAGAGAGCCGCCCCCCGCCCCCGUCCAGCAGAUACUUCCAGAAGCUGAAGAGCCUCGGAGCGUCCCACAGCGCCACCCCGUCCCACCCUCUGGACGCCGCCGGCUUCCUGUCCUUCAGCACCUUCAGCUGGAUGUGUCCCAUCAUGUGGGACAUGUUCAGGAAGCGUCUGGACUGGAGCUCGCUGAGGAUCUCCCCGCAGGACGCCGCCCACCCGAACGCAGAGAGGCUGCAGAGACUCUGGGAGGACGAGGUGGCGACCGUUGGCCUGGAGAGGGCGUCGAUGCUGCGGGUGAUGUUCCUGUCCCAGAGGAGCCGGCUGCUGCUGACGGUGGCGGUCAGCGCCGUCACUCUGGUGGCACAGUUCAUCGGGCCGUCCAUCCUGGUCCAUCAGAUCCUCAGUUUGGUGGAGCGUCUUGAUUCGUCCUCGCUGGCGGUGGGCGUGGCUCUCAGCGUGGCCUUGUUCCUGUCUGAGUUCCUGAGGUGCUUCUCGCUGGCGUUGCUGUGGGCGUUGAACCUGCGCACCGCCGUCCGGCUCAAGGGCGCCUUCUCCCUGCUGGCCUUCAACAAGAUGGUGUCUCUGCGCUCCCACAGCGGCCUGUCCACGGGGAAGGUGGUGAACAUCCUGACCAGUGACGGCUACAGGAUCUUUGAGCUGGUCCUCUUCAGUGGGAUGCUUUUGUCCUCGCCGCUGCAGCUGCUGCUCUGUGUUUCCUACUCCUGCUACGUCCUGGGACCCACCGCCCUCAUCGGGCUCUUCACCUACCUUAUCUUCAUCCCCAUCCAGUUCAGCAUCACCAAGCUGACCAGCGUGUUCACGCGGCGAGCCGUGAGCAGCAUGGACAGCCGCGUGCGAACCACCAGUGAGGUGCUGACCUACAUCAGGCUGGUCAAGAUGUUCGCCUGGGAGGAGUCCUUCCAGAAGAAGAUCACAGAGCUCAGGGACAGCGAGCACACGAGUCUGGAGAAGUUCACCCUCACCUACUGCGUGAACUCCACCGUCACCCUGCUGGUGCCGCUCGUCGCCAACUUCCUGACCUUCAGCGUCCACACCCUGCUGGGCCUGCCGCUCAGCAGCAGCACGGCUUUGUCCACCAUGACGAUCUUCAACUCCAUGAAGUUCGUGCUGAUCCUGCUGCCCAUCUGCAUGAGGAGUCUGGCCGAGACCGUCGUGUCCGUGGAGCGCCUCGAGAAAAUCAUGUUGAUCCAGAACCCGGAGCCGUACCUGCAGCGGAGCUCUGGCGGUGCCUCGGCCAUCGUGAUGGACAGCGCCACGCUGUCCUGGACCGGCCCGUCCCGCCCCUCGGGCUCCGGCGCCGAGGAGGACCUGGUGUCCCGGGAUGGGAGAGCGGAGGCCCCGCCCACGCUGAGGAACGUCUCCUUCACGCUGCCCAAGGGACACCUGCUGGCCGUCUGCGGGAGCGUGGGCAGCGGCAAGACAUCGCUGAUCUGCAGCAUCUUGGAACAGAUGCAUCUUCUGCACGGUUCUGUCGCCGUGGACGGAAGGCUGGCCUACGUUUCCCAGCAGGCCUGGAUCUUCUACGGGACAAUCCGGGACAACAUCCUGAUGGGGGAGCCAUUUGACCGGGACAGGUACGACAGAGUAAUCACCGCCUGCUGCCUGCAAGCCGACCUCGACAUCCUGCCCUUCGCUGAUCAGACCAAGGUGGGAGAGCAGGGCCUCAACCUGUCCGGAGGGCAGAGGCAGAGGAUCAGCCUGGCCCGAGCUGUCUACUCCGACCGGGACGUCUUCCUGCUGGACGACCCGCUGUCCGCCGUCGACGCCCACGUGGGGAAGCACAUCUUCGAGCGGUGCAUCAAAAAGGAGCUGCGGGGCAAAUCUGUGGUCCUGGUCACCCAGCAGCUGCAGUACCUGCAGUUCUGCGACGGCGUGCUGGUCCUGGAGGACGGGCGGGUCCGGGAGGCGGGGACGCACCAGGAGCUGAUGAGCGCGGCGGGACACUACGCCGAGCUGAUGAGCAAACACCUGGAGGGGCGGAGCGGGAAACCCCAGGCUCAGAAAGAGGAAGUGAUGCCACAAGGCCACGCCCAUCAGAUGAAGGCGGAGCUAAAAAAGCACAUCAGUAAUGGAGUAGUGAAUCCAGCGUUCGACGGCUCAGACGAGGGCGUGGACGGGCCGGCAUCCGGCGGCACCACUGCUGCUCAGGAUGAAGAUGAGCUACACACUGACGAGGCAGCUGGAGAAGGUCCAGUUCCCUGGAGCGUCUACAAGCAGUACUGCAAGGCAGCUGGAGGCUACAUCGUGACCUUCCUCGUCUUCCUCCUCAUGAUCCUCAUGGCCGGAUCUGUGAUCCUCAGCAACUGGUGGCUCAGCUACUGGCUGGACCAGGGCAACGGGACCGCCAACGCCUCGUCGGCGUCGACGGGGGACGCCGGCGACGUCUCCCUGAACCCGGACGUGCGCUUCUACCAGACGGUGUACAGCCUCAUCGUGCUCGCCACUCUCUGCGUGGGCCUCAUCAAGACGUAUUGCUACACCAAGGUGGUGAUCCACGCCGCGUCCAGCCUCCACAAUACACUGCUGAGCAAGAUCUUGGCGAGUCCGAUGAGUUUCUUCGACACGACGCCGAUCGGACGAAUCCUCAACCGUUUCUCCAAAGACCAGGAUGAGACGGACACGGUGCUGCCGAUCUACAUGGACGUCCUCCUGCAAACCUGCAUCGGCGCCGUCUUCACCGUCACCGUCAUCACCGUCAUCUUCCCCCCCGUCCUGGCCGGCCUGGCCCUGCUGGGAGGCGUCCUCGGUCUCAUGCUCUUUUUGUUCCAGAGGAACAUCUACAAGCUGAAGAGGAUGGAGAACGUCAGCCGCUCGCCGUACGUCUCCCUGAGCAGCUCCACCCUGCAGGGCCUCAGCACCAUCCACGCCUACAGCAAGACGGACCGCCACGUGCAGCUGUUCGAGUCCAUGGCCGACAUCAACUCCAACCACUACUUCCUGUUUUACUGCGGCCUUCACUGGCUGCUCCACGUCAUGGAGUUCUGCUGCACCGUGGUCAUCCUGAUGGUGGCGCUGUCUGCCGUGCUCAUCCCCAAUGAUGUCAUCAGCCCCGCCAUGAAGGGACUCGCUCUGAACUUCGCCAUGCAGCUGUCGGGCUUGCUGCAGCAUGCCAUCGCGGCGGCAACAGACGUGCAGGCGAGGUUCAGCUCGGUGGAGCGGAUGGUGGAGUUCAUCGCGGGCUGUGAGCCUGAGGAGCGGCAGGGGGGCGGGGCUAAGCUCCCAGACCACUGGCCUCAGCACGGCGCCAUCACCUUCCAGGACUACCAGAUGCGCUACAGAGAGAACACGCCCAUCGUCCUCGACAAGCUGCAGCUGCACAUCGGAGCCACUGAGAAGCUCGGCAUCGUGGGAAGGACGGGCUCAGGGAAGUCGUCUCUGGUGGCGGCUCUGUUCCGGCUGGUGGAGCCGGCGGCAGGAUCCAUCCUGAUCGACGGCCUGGACAUCGGCGCCGUCGGACUGCAGGAGCUGCGCAGCCGCCUGUCCGUCAUCCCGCAGGACCCCGUCCUGUUCAGCGGCACCGUCAGAUCCAACCUGGAUCCCUUCAACAAGCACAGUGACGAGGAGAUCUGGGCUGCACUGGAGAAAACCUACAUGAAAAAAACAAUCUGCAGGCUGCAGCAGAAGCUGCAGGCCGACGUCCUGCAGAAUGGAGAGAACUUCUCUGUGGGACAGAGGCAGCUGAUGUGCAUGGCCAGAGCGCUGCUCAGGAAGUCCAAGAUCGUGCUGCUGGACGAGGCGACGGCGUCCAUCGACGCGGAGACGGACGUCCUGAUCCAGAGCAGCAUCACCGAGGCGUUCCAGCACUGCACCGUCCUCACCAUCGCACACCGCAUCCACAGCGUGCUGCAGGCCGACCGCAUCCUCGUCAUGGACCGGGGACAGGUGGCAGAGUUUGAGCAUCCAGACGUGUUGAAACAGAAGCCGGACUCACUGUUCGCCUCCCUGCUGGCCGCCACCAACACUGUGGACCUCUGACACACACACACACACACACACACACACACACACACAGGAGG